AUGGAGAUGGCCAUAUGGUUGACGGUGGUGAUGGGAGUGGUGCCACUGGUACUGUGGUUAUUAUGGUGGUGGAACAAUGCAUGGUACUGGUUAGUUAUCACAACUCUCCGUUCAUCCAAACGAGGCACCAUGCUGCCUCCGGGCCACAUGGGUCUUCCUAUCUUGGGUGAAACGCUCACAUUCCUAUGGUACUUCAAAUUCCUCCGUCGCCCUGAGGACUACAUUACUUCAAAGCGUCAAAAGUAUGGCGAUGGGAUAGGGAUGUAUAAGACACAUCUAUUCGGUAGACCAUCAGUGAUUGCGUUUUUACCAUCGACAAAUAAAUUUGUACUUCGAGAUAACGAAAACUUCAAGUACGGAUGGGCAAUGGUGGAGCUUGUAGGCAAGACGUCACUAACUGGGGUUCAUGGAAAAGCACAUCUUAGGCUUCGGAGUUUUGUUUCUCGAAGCAUUAACCAGCCAAAUGCGCUGCGUAGAAUCGGCCUCGCAGUGCAACCACGAAUGAUCUCAGCCUUACAAUCGUGGACCAAAUGUCAUAAUAUUACUUUCUACGAUGAAAUGAAGAAGGUAACAUUCGAGAACAUUGGUAUGUAUUUUGCUAGUAUUGAGUCUGGCCCUACCCUCGACAAUCUUAACAAAUACUUCGCCGGAAUGAUUAGUGGAUUGAGAGCCUACCCAUUGAAUAUACCAGGAUUUACAUUUCAUCAUGCGCUUCAGUGUCGCAGAAAAAUCCAAGCGAUUUUCAAGGAAGUGUUAGAUGAAAGGAGAAACAACUACAAUGGAGAUGAUCAACCUAUAAAUGAUCUAAUGGAUGGUUUGAUGAAUCUGAAGGACGAGGAAGGGAACCGUUUGAGCGAUACUGAGGUUCUCGAUAACAUGACUAGCAUUCUUCUUGGUGGGUAUGAAUCAAUUGCGGUAGUCACAAUGUGGGCUGUUUAUUAUCUUGCUAAAUAUCCAGAGGUUUUACAAAAGCUUCGGAACGAGAACAUGGCUCUCAAAAAGAGCAAGAGCGAACAACUUGUAACAAGCGAUGAGAUUCUAAAGUUGGAGUACACCAUCAAGGUUGUCGAUGAAACAAUCCGAUUGGCGAAUAUAGCUGGGUUUCUAUUGCGUAUCACAACAAAAGAUUUGGAGUAUAAAGGGUAUACUAUACCGAAGGGAUGGAAUAUGAUUCUGUGGCUUAGGAAUGUCCAUAUAGAUCCUAAAAACUUUGACGAUCCAUUGUGUUUCAAUCCUGAUAGAUGGAAUGGAUCAAUGCUACCAGAAAACUUCCAAGCAUUUGGAUACGGUCCGAGAAUAUGUGCAGGAAAUAUGGUUGCUCGUUUACAAGUCGCAUUGUUUCUCCAUCAUUUGUCCACGGGAUACAAGUGGAAAUUGGUGAAUCCGGAUGCCAAAGUGAAAUAUCUUCCACAUCCUAAACCAGAAGAUGGUCUUCAAAUUACCAUUGAAAAACUAUGA